CUCAAUAAUUACUCAGCGCUGGCCGCGCUCGGCGAUAAUCUUGGUGGAGGAGGGGAAUUAAGGGAAUUAAGCCGGAUAUCUGCGAUUCAAUUCUACGUAUUCAAUACUUAUCUAUUCCGUAAUCAAUAGCCUCGCUUCGCGCCAUGUCUUCCUCGUUCGUCGAAACCAUAGAGCUUGCGCAUCUGCCACCUUCGAUGCCCGUGCAUGUCGCACUUUAUCGGGAUGUCAAAAAUGCUGCUUCUCUUCGACAACAGUUGAUCUCAGGUAACGCUGACUUUGAGUAUGCCUUCAUUGAUGCAAACAUGGUUCUCUCCAGAGCUCAUGCUUUGUCCGCCGUCUUCCGAGCUGUAAACGACUCGAUCAACGGACGCCUUAAGUCUCGCAAUGUUCACUCAGAGAUUGUUUUCUCAUUCAGCCCAGCGAAUAAUAUCGCCGAAUCAUUCCGCAAAUUUGGUAUUGCUGACUCCACCAAAGACCUACUAGUGAUCAAGGUCUCGAUGACACCGGACGUCACCCACGACUCAGUCGCAACCCAUCUUUCUCAACAUGUUGAAGGCUCGGCUGUGCCGUUUGACGACGAAACCCUGUCGAACAUUGCCGAUGUGACGAAAAUCAAGAAGGCUUAUAAACUCGGCGCACUGAAGACUCCUCCCCCAACUCAGGCAAAUGGCACACAGAGCGAUGGUAUGAGACAGCUUGAACUCUCUGUCUUGGGAGCGAUUGCGUUGCGCGGGGCCACUUGAUCGGCACGUAAGGUCUGAGGUAUUACCUUUCGUGCCAAUUCCCAUGAUGGAACAUCAACAGGCUUGUGAAAGCAGCCAUCUGCUGCUUCACGCUAUUCGACUUGC